AAAACUACCUUUAGCAGUUGCUUUGGGAUAAAAACUAGCAAAAAUUGGCCAAAGGAAAUCAGAAAUUUCUUUGCCUCCUCAAGCCCAAGCCUUCUCGAGCAAGUUAUGCAGAACGUUAAAACAGAUGAUCUUUUUAUGAAGAAUGAUAGCUCUUGUAGUGACGAUACAAAUUUACUGGACACCUCUGAUCCUGGUUACAUUCUAUUUUUCAUCUUAGCAUACCUGCACAAUUUAAACAUGCUGUUAAACAAAGAACUAGACAAAAAAUUUUGGAAUGACUGGCGAGGCAAAAACAUAUGGUACGGUGUAUCUGUUGAUAAGCAUUUAUUGGAAACUGUCUUCGUGUCGAAAAAGAAGCUGGAAAAAUUAUUCUAUGCAAGUGGGAUACUCCUAAAGGACAACAAUCUUAGGAGGGCAAAAUUCUGUGUUCGCGGCGAGGAUAUUCUACCAGCUAUUCAGCAAACCUUGGACUUGAAGUUGAAGAUGAAAUCAUGCUUUGUUGUUUCACAAAUAUUUCCACAGCAUGUUCAGCUUACUUUGCAUCAAACAGUUAAACUAGGAUCGCCUGGAGAAGAUGCGGCUAGCAUUAUUAUUGAAGAUAAAAUAGUGUACUUUGAUGAUGUGUAUGAUGAUUUAUGCAAGAACAUUUGGAAGAAAAUGCAGUCCAAUUGUCAGAUUGAUUAUUGCAUCACACACAAAGACAAAAAAUAUACAGAAUAUGAUUUUGGCUCAUUCCAAGCAUAUCGAGACAUCCGCCAAACUUUUAAGCAACGGAUUGUUGAACUUCUAAAAAACGAUAGUCAAAAUGUGGACAUGAAUUUAUGUACAAAGUCGAAUGUCAAUAAAAAAUGCUCUUGUCAUAUGGUUAUAUCUCUCCGUCUCGCGAUCGAGAAAGGUCUGCAACCAGUUAUAGAAAGUAUUGUAAAAACGAUAGCUGCCACAUUGACUAAUUAUGACAUAUUUGGUAAUUACAAGACGGAUUAUGUUUUUGUGUUGGGAGAUCCUUUUAAUCUUUCUUAUGGCUCACCUCUUUAUGCGGUGUACACCACAAUACUUCAAAGAGCAAUGGAUGAUGGCAUACAUUCGAAAAGAAAAGAUGCGCAGGCAUUCGUGAUGAAGGAUUCACUUGACCAGUUAUUGCAUUUGUUUAAAAGUAUCAAGCCGCAUAUGUUUGACAGGUUUAUCAAUGGAACGUUGUGCCAGGUACCAAGCAGCACUUACGGAUUGCGUUUCUAUCAUCGUGAGAACCAUGACUUUGUUCGAUUGAACAGUAAUGGUGUUAUCAAAAACUUCGUAGUAGGGCGGGGUCAUUACCUAAUUUUUAUUGAAGAAGGGAAACCACUGUCAAAAACGGGAAUGAUUUUCAAAAUAACUUCAUGUGUAGGGCCUGGUAAACAAGACUCUUACGUUGUGGUUAUUAAAUCCAGACAGUCAUUAAGGACCAAAAUAAAAAAAUAUGAUCUGUUAGAUGAGCGCACAGACUUCCAAAGGUUUGUAACCGAAAGCGAUUCCCAAGGGCAUUUUGCCUAUGAUAUUAUUCUGGACUGUAAGCACCGCAACUAUGAUUAUUCUCUAGAAUUUAGCAUAAAAAAAAUGGACAAAUUUCAGAGUUUAAAUGAUUAUUUAUCUAAAUUUCGGGUUUUAGGAGAGCCAUUAACCUUAGCUUAUAUUUGAGUAGCAAGUUUAAUAAAAACAUUAUUGUGGUGGUUCCCUAGCUGAAUUUA